UUAAUUGUCAUUGUUUUGAUAAACCUCUUUACCCUCGCCACUUUCGCAAGAAACCGUCACUUACGCAAGCGCAGUACGUACUUGGUAAUAAAUCUGACUAUGGCUGAUUUACUUUUGGGAGUAGCGGCUGUUCUUUUGACAAUACUCGAACCUCGUAUCCUGGAGAGCCACAAUAUACUUGGAGAACAUUUCAACUGGUAUGCAUUCCUGUACUUAACUCUGGAAUCAUUAUUUCCAGCUGCUUCGUUACCUAAUCUCUCAUUAAUUUCGUUAGAGAGGUUGCACGCAACAAUUUAUCCCUUUAGACACUGUCUAAUACGUGAACAAGUAUACUUUACGGUAAUAACAUUUAGUUGGCUUUUAGCGUUACUUUUUGCAUUUAUGAUGGCCAUUUUAGUUGUUUUACGUGCACAGUUUACAUUGUUUCUUUACAUAUUUGCGUCUCACUGUUUCAUUACCGUUCUUAUUAUCACAGUCUCUUAUGUUAUUAUUAUUCUGAAUGUCAAAAGCAGCCCUCAAUCAAAUAUUUUUGGAUCUAAGCUUUUAACAGAGAAGAAGCUAUCAAUAACCUUAUUUGUAAUGACUGUGGCCUCGUUCCUAACCAUUCUACCUUGGGCUCAGUUGGGUAGCGAUAUUGAGUAACAUAUGGUUUAAGUUGAGCCCUGUGAUAGCUUAUCGCUUUCACCUUACAUUUUCUGCCUUAUAUUUAUGUAAUUCCAUAGUUAAUCUUAUAAUAUACGCCUUAAGAAUGCAAUAA